UCUACUUUUGUUUCUGCUUCUGCCAAUGGGAGUGCAGUUGGGGUGGGGUCAGCUGGCCCCGGUGGCCAAUGGCAGGACAGGGAGUAGAUUUGAAGUGCUGCAGGGUUGGGUGGAGGCACAGGCACAGAGCCCAGGCAGUGUUUGGUGAAGGCAGGAAUAGAAACGAAAGGGAGAAAAACACACCAGUAAAACAGGACACAGCCUUGGAGGCUGUAGUGAAAGCCAUGGCCACUGGCUGGAACAGAGAUCAUGUAUCCAGAGGCAUCACACAGGGGGGGAAGAUACUCCAGGAGACAUUUAUAGACAGUUAUGACCCAAGUGUCCUUCGAAGGGUGCAAUACAUGCUCUAUGAAAUCAAGUGGAGCAAUAGCAAAAGGUCCUGGCAGAGCUGUUGCCAUAGCACUCGAACAGAGCAUGCUGAAAUCCACUUCAUAGAAGAUGUCUUUCAGGAGCAAAGAUCUGAUCCUUCUGCCCACUGCUCCAUCACCUGGUACAUGUCCUGGAGUCCCUGUGGGUAUUGCUGCAAGCAAAUCAAGGAUUUCCUGAAGGAGCAGCCUAAUGUGAAUCUGGUUAUUUAUGUAGCACGGAUCUACUGGCACAAAAGGGAAAUCAAUCGUCAGGGUCUACGGAGCCUGAUGAACAUUGGAGUGUCCAUCCGAGUCAUGGACCUCCCAGUUUAUAGCUACUGUUGGAGAACAUUUGUCAAUGAUGAGGACAAGUAUGAAGAUGAUUAUUGGCCCAGGCACUUUGCUCCAUGGAUAAUGCUAUAUUCUCUCGAACUCCAGUCCAUCCUUCAGGACAUUCCCUCUUGCUUAAAGAUUUCAUCAGAUGAGAAUUAUACUCCAGUUUUCAGCCUAUGUGUAGAAGAUGAGGAACAGAAAAGAGCACUCACAUCAUACAAUACCUAUUAGCCGCCAGUAUCCUGGCCUGGGCAGCCAACCAGUCUCUGGAAGCCAUGAGUGUCUUGAACCAGGCCAUCAGCUGCUAAGCAACAGAAACCAGUUGACAGGAAACAUCAACCACAUUAAAACUCCAGAACUGUGGGAGGGGAAGAGGAUGCAGCCAGAAUGGGUGCAACAGAGUGACUGCUUUGCUAACACAGCCUGUUUUCUCAGUUGGUGGGUUACUCUUGUAUGAGCUGAUAGAACAAUGGUUCUCAAACUUUUAUACGGGUGACCCCUUUCACGUAGCAAGCCUCU